CGUGUUUGCGUAUCCACUCACCUAGUGGGCGUAUGACUUCUCCCCUCUUCGUGCGUACCAGCUCACUCACACUCACACCCUUCUCCUUCUCUCUCCUCUCUCUCUCUCGCCAUUUCCGUUUCCGAAGCAUUAAAAAUUAGAGGAUUGGUUGGGCUGGGCCAUGAAAUUUCAAGAAUUUUAGAUACGUGUAGAUCCCACCAUAGACAAUUUUUUUCUCUUUUUUUGGUCAAUUACUUGAGCCGUUUGACAAUUACUUAUACAGUUGAAGCUUCUGUGUGGUUUGAUUUCAAAGCACACGUCUAGACAUUUGUGUAUUUGUGGGUAGGAAAAGCUUUUUUUGGAGUGGCGGAGCUUCUUAUUCUUCUUCUUCAUUGUCGAAUUUUGAUUGCUCGGAGUAAGUAUUGCAUAACAUAAGGCUAAGUUUCCACCAUAGUUAAUGAGCGUAGCAGAAGUUGAAAGUGUUAACUUGCUCGUAUUCUUCCAUUAAUGUAUUGUGUUUCCUUGGAGCUGGAGUAUGGAAAGCCCAAGUACAAACUUGGGGAAAGAUGGUAGUGAGGAGGACAAUGCAGUACUGUGUGCUACUGGAUGUGUAGAAUCCAGUCAAGAAACUCUCGUUCCCAAAAGAAACUUAGUGCCCAGCAAGACCCUGAUACUAAGCAAAAGGAGGUCAAGAGCUAGUGCAACUUGCAGGGAGGUGUUCCUUCAGAACAUCCACGCCUCACGGAAUAGUCUUCCUAAGCAUAUUAUCACAUUUGAUGAAAAGUAUGCUAUUCGUUGCCUUCAGUCAAUACGUAAUUUUGCAGUAAGGGCAGCAGCUAGGAAUUUUAGCUCAAAAGUUGAUAUUUUGACGGAUCAUACUAGUAGUUUAGCAUAUAUCAGGGAUAGAAGUUCAAGUAAUAUGAAAAUUGAAUAUCCAUUGGUUGGUGGCACUGAGGUCAUCGUGGACUCAACUGGUGACUGGACCAUUGGCACUGUCUCCGGUAGCCAGACCAUGAUCAACAUCUUGAAGAGCCCUUUGCUCCAACAAUUUGGCUCCUUAGAUGCCACGUUUAUGAAAACAAAUUUUCUUGGCGCGAGCGAGCAAUUCUACUCGGAUUUUGCGGGCUCUGUAAAAGCAACCGGUACCAUAUCCCCUAACUUGGAAAAGGAGGUAAAAGUUCUUGAUCAUAGAUAUGCAUCUGCACCUCUGCACAGAAGGGAUGCUUCUAUAUCGAGCACAAGCUCGAGCUCUGAUCAGUCAUCAUCUUCGGGUAUCUCAUUCCAAGGAAUGCUACAGUGUACAUGGAAGGAUGGACUCCCUCACCAUGUUUUCACUGUGGAUGAUAAGAGGGAGGUCUAUUCCGCUGAUUUGUCAAAGGUUGAGUGUUCAGAUGACAAAGGUUUGGACUACUUAUACACAUUCCAUGCGCGGAGAAAUGGCAAGAAAGAGCGUGAACUUGAGUCACAAAAUAUUGCUCAGAUGCGAGUGUCUUCUUCAGUCGGAUUUUCUUCCAAUAGCAUGGAAGUUAGGGAGACACAGUUCGUUCUAUCUAUCAACAAUGACAACCGCUCAGGGGAGAUGCAGACCUCAAAUCAAGCCCACAAGAAGAACAAGAGAUUGACGAAGAAAAUGGUGGAUGUUUUCAGGCCAAGUCAUGCGUAUAAGCAGAGAUCCUCUUCUAAAGUAGGCAUAUCAGGUGCCAUUCUUGAAGACACUCCAUUGGAACCAUCUGAAGGUGAUAAUUUUCCCGACGUAGUUGAGAGGUGUGCAGAAUAUAAAUACGCACCAAAUCUUGAGUUGGCCGCCAUUGUUGUGAAGGAUACUUACCACCACCAUGUCGAGGCUGAGGUCGAGGCUGGAGGUUGGGGAUUGAAGUUUCUUAAAAAAUCCGGAAACAAAAAAUCUCCAGAUGCCACAACACCUACCAAACACUCCAGAAACAGAGGCGAAUGCUCAACCAGCACAGACAUUUUGAUACCCGCAGGUAUUCAUGGUGGACCAAGAACGAGAGUGGGUGGCCCUUCGAGCAUUAUUGAGAGGUGGAAAUCUGGUGGCCACUGCGACUGUGGAGGCUGGGAUGUUGGCUGCCCACUAACAAUUUUCAACACUGGGCCGGGAAGCACAGAUUAUUCGUCCCAGGAAUGCAAGUCAUUUGAUCUCUUUAUGCAGGGUUCAAAUCAAAGUCUACCAAGCAUGAAAAUGGUGAACAUUCACAAGGGCUUGUAUUAUAUCAAUUUCCAGUCGACUCUGUCAACUUUGCAGUCUUUUGCUAUUGCUGCUGCUUUGAUUCAUUCGCGAAGUCCUGUUCUUCGAUCCAGUGUAUAGGGCUUGAGGCGAGGUGCCGAGGAAUUAGUGUGUAUAAAUACUGCUACCAUUAGCAAGCAAAAGGUUACACCAUACAUACAUGGUAUGAUAGUUAUUUCCAUUUGUGUUGUAGAAUUAGUUACUAUUUGGAAGGUUAGUUAUUACAGUUGUAACCGAUUAUCUUUCCGCUAUCAGCCUCUGGGUUUUUAAUCCCCAUUAGUCUGCAUAUGAAUAUCAUGAUUUAUGAAUAUAGCUUUUGAAAUGCUCA